GGGACGGCCUGGGACGGCGCUUUCCGGCGGGCUGGUUUUGUGUCUUCUGAGAGCCCUGUCGUUUAAAAACCCGCGCUGCACUGUGGCAGGUUUUCUUUUCAACGGCUGCACGGCUGCUAGUGGACCACUCCCGGCCCUUCCGUCUCAAGGAUCCAGAGCCCUCCGGAAACAGAAGGCAGCUCUAUCCGCUCUGCAAAAGAGUGGGAUCCUUUCAGCCAUGAAGCAUAUGUUGAACCUCUACUUCUUGGGUGUGGUGCUGACCCUGCUGUCCAUCUUCUUUAGACUGAUGGAGCCACUGGGAAAUUUACUUGAAGGCCCAUCGCCUGGGAGCUCCUGGACUACCAGAGGUCAACUAGUCGGCACAGAGCCCCCCAAGGGCCUUCCAGACCAUCAGUCUCAGCCCAGAGGGGUGCAAUAAGACCUCCGUCUGCCAUAACCUUGGAACACUGGUCUAAACAUGUCCAGCCAGGUGUCCCAGUUCCUAGGCAGAUGAGCUUGGGAUAUCAGUGUUAUCAGAGAACUGACCGUUACUAGGCCCUUGAAGGUCCUCUCUUUCUCAAUAAUCCUUACCUUAGAAAAAGAGCCUGUUUAACCCAGAAGUGUGAAUGGGUUGCUUAUGACUGUGGGGUGGUGUGAUCUCAAUCUUCUCCCCAAGGUCUAUUAUGUACUUUGCUGCCCUGGACAUUGUGACUCUGCCUUUUCUCAGAUGGGCCUAGUGCUGCAAUUUCAACUGUUGGGAAAUGGUGAUGUUAUUGAUCCUACUCCUUAAAGGUCCUGCAAGAGCUGCCUUUGGACCUGGGUGUCUUUCAAUAGUCAGUUGAUUUGGUGUUUGGUCUUUCUUUCGUGAGAGCUUCUCUGGGUUUGAAUAACAGAGGUUUGUGGGUUGGCUGUGGGGAAGGGGGAGGAUGUGGUAUGUAUUCAUUGUCUACUUCUUGUUUUAUGUUUCUAAGCCCUUCCUCCAACAUAGUGUGUAUUGUAUAUGUGUGUUUUGGUCAGAAGUGGGAGCAAAGCCUGCCCAGGACAUGGGCAUGAUAGCCACCAUGUGGCUUAAAAGAAUUUUUCUAAAACAAUAAAGUUGAAUAUAUGUUUUCA